AUGGACACGUACACGAUUCGCAUCCUUGCACUAGCCCUAUUGUCUCUAUAUCUCGUAUGCUCUGCUACCGUUGCUCAAUGCCGAAUCAUAGAUGACACGGAUAGCGAGAAGAUCGAUUUACCAAAUGGGCUAUGCGUUAAGAGUAAAUGCCGUAGUACUCCAGAAGAUUGCUUCUGUUGUUUGGCAGAUAACAACUGCUACUGGACUAUGGCCGAAUGCAAGGCAGCGUGUAAAAAAUCCUCGUCUUCACAAGACAUGCUACUGGCGACGACAACCCCUCCUCCUUUACCUGCUCCUUAG